GGAUAAGCAAACAGAAAAUGGAAAGCAUUAUGAGUUCUUAAGAAGAGACAGAAAAUCUAUGUCCAAAUAAUUGCUAGAGGGAAUAAUAUACUAAAUAAUUUUGUAGUUAUCUGAUGCAUUUCAAAGUCCAGGCUCUUCAAAUUUAGUGAGAGAUUCAUAAACAUUGAAAGCCAUUUGAGGCAGGAAGGACCAAGCUUCUAAUAGUGGAAUAUCAUAAUAUUUCAUGAGAUAUUCCUGAAGAGGGGUUAUUUUUGCUGCUAUAUAGAUCAUAUUGUAAAGGGACACACCACAAAUAUUACCAACUGUAAGUACUGGUUUUAUGUCAAUUUAUUUGUUUAGAAUUUAUCUUCGCCACCAGAGAAUGUUUCUUGAAAGCAGAAAUCCUUUCCCUCUUUGUCAUUGCUGACCUCUGUGCCAAGCACUGUCAUGUUUUAAAAAAGAAGUAUUAAAUGAAUGAAAGACUGUUGAGCCCCUGACUGAUCUUCUGUGUAGAAGAUCCACUAAGAUUUAGAGAGAGAACCUGUUAUUCAUGGGCACAUGAAUAGAAGUAGAAUUGUUAAGGGAAGACAUACUGGGAUCUUUGGAAGAGAAACUCAGUACAUAUUUCUAAAUAUUUAUUAUGAAUAAGCCACUGCACAAGAUUAAUAGUAAAGAAGAACUCCAAGACCUAAUGGACAUAUUCACACUGAUGUUCGUGAUUUCUUUACAGGUCUUGUUCUCCUGAGCUCUCAUCUCUGAAUUAGGUCUUAUAGAAGAGUAAAUGGGAUACAGUAACAAUGUAACAGAAUUUGUCCUCCUGGGAUUCACGCAGGAUCCUGAGGGCCAGAGAGUGUUAACUGUCAUAUUUUUGCUCAUCUACAUUGUGACAAUGGUGGGCAACCUGCUCAUUGUCAUGACUGUUGUUGUCAGCCCCUCCCUGGGCUCCCCCAUGUACUUCUUCCUUGCCUAUCUGUCACUUAUGGAUGCUGUUUAUUCCACUGCCAUUUCCCCCAAAAUGAUUCUAGGGUUACUCUGUGAUAAAAAGACUAUUUCCUUCCCAGCUUGCAUGGGCCAGCUCUUUAUAAUGCACUUGUUUUGUGGUGUCGAGGUUUUUCUUCUGGCGGCAAUGGCCUAUGACCACUAUGUGGCCAUCUGUAAGGCACUGCAUUACUUAACCAUCAUGAAUCGACAUGUUUGCAUUCUGUUGCUGGUGGUGGCCUGGGUUGGAGGUUUUUUGCACUCUGUGGUUCAACUUCUCUUUGUGUACAGCCUCCCCUUCUGUGGCCCCAAUGUCAUUGAUCACUUCAUGUGUGACAUGUACCCAUUACUGGAACUUGCUUUCUCUGACACCUAUUUUAUAGGGCCCACUGUUUUUGCCAAUGGCAGAGACACCUGUAUGGUAAUUUUUAUCCUUCUAUUAAUCUCCUAUGGGGUCCUCCUAAGAUCCCUGAAGACUCACAGUCAGGAAGGGAGGUGCAAAGCCCUGUCUGCCUGCAGCUCCCACAUUACAGUGGUUGCCCUCUUUUUUGUUCCCUGUAUUUUCAUGUAUGUUAGACCUCUUUCCAAAUUUCCAAUUGACAAAUUUAUGACUGUGGUUUAUACAGUUAUCACUCCCAUGUUGAAUCCUCUGAUAUACACCCUGAGAAAUUCUGAAAUGAAAAAUGCUAUGGAAAAAAUCUGGAGUAGAAAGUUAACCACAUGUAGAAUAAGAAUUUGCACCCACACUGAAAAUAUUGGUAAUUCUAAAGCAAGUAAUAGGCAAUGA